UGACAUUUUCUUUCCAAUCAUUUUCAGUGGAUUCAUACAAAAGAACUUAUAAACUUUUCGCUAAAGUUAAAAGUGCAUAUUUAAUAUUUUGUGCAGCAGUUUAUUACAUUUUUCUACACGCAUUACGCGUGUUACAUAAAUGAUAUCCAUUAGAAAUUGUAUCCUUAGUCAAUCGUCAGCAAUAAAAAAUUGAGUCGUGGCCGAAAUUGACAAUUAUAUGACAGACAGUCAUUCUCCUUGCUGCCGUUGUAAUUGUACUUUAUUGUUCCUUCGCUAGUUCUGUGUUUGUGGAAAAAUCGACAAGGAUCACCUGUACCUGCACCUGCAACGCGGUGCUGCAUAAAAAGCGGUUUAAUAUUAACUUUAAAUUAUUAAUUCUGUGGUCGAGACUGCUGCGAAUUUUAAAUAAUCCACAAAUACAUUGCCAACAAUAAGUUGUCAGCAUUAUUAGUGAGAGGAGUUGUUUUUAAUUAAAUAUACUACAUCCUAAUAGUACUUUAAGCAGAAAACUCAAAUGGCCGAACGUCCAAGUAAUCUUUUUGCGGCUGGAAGUAGCCGUCCGCGCAAUCCGCCAAGUGAAUUGAAUUUGGGAAGUUUUAAUGGUCGUCAACCGCCCUCAUUCUCAUCAACUUCAUCCGGUUCAGCAUCGUCCAAUUUGUCUACAUCGUCUGCCUCCAGUUCCUCUUCACACAAUUUAGUGCAACGCUUCUGUGCACCAUCAGCACCAGCACCAGCACCUGCACCUGCACCUGCAACAGUAGUGGCACCGGUAGCACCGCCAGUUGCAACAACAAACCAUCAAGAACGCACCCGUGAACGCAUAAAGCAACAAGCCUGUGGUAAGCUGCUCAUCGAUGAAGAAUGCUAUCAUUUCACAUCGGAUGACUUAACUGAUCUUGGUGAAAUUGGGCGUGGUGCUUUUGGCACUGUAAACAAGAUGAUAUUCAAAGUAGGCAAGGUAAUGGCUGUGAAACGUAUACGAUCCACUGUCGAUGAGAAAGAACAAAAACAAUUGUUAAUGGAUUUGGAAGUGGUAAUGAAUUCAAAUGAAUGCCCCUAUAUAGUGCAGUUUUAUGGUGCGCUCUUUAAAGAAGGUGAUUGUUGGAUAUGCAUGGAAUUAAUGGAUACCUCGCUGGAUAAAUUUUAUAAAUACAUUUACGAACGUAAACAGCAACGUAUACCAGAGUCGAUAUUAGCUAAAAUUACUGUGGCCACUGUGCAAGCAUUGAAUUACUUAAAAGAAGAGUUAUCGAUUAUUCAUCGUGAUGUGAAACCCAGCAACAUUUUGUUGCAUCGUCGUGGCGAUAUCAAGCUGUGUGAUUUCGGCAUUUGUGGCAAAUUAGUGGACUCGAUUGCGGAGACCAAAGAUGCUGGUUGUAGGCCAUAUAUGGCGCCUGAACGCAUUGAUCCAGAGCGUGCUAAGGGUUACGAUGUACGUAGCGAUGUAUGGUCUUUGGGUAUAACGUUGAUGGAAGUCGCAACCGGUCUGUUUCCCUAUCCGAAAUGGGAUUCAGUUUUCGAGCAGUUGUAUCAAGUUGUAAAAGGUGAUCCUCCACGCUUACAAACUUCCUACAAUGGCAUGGAGUUCUCACAAGAAUUUGUAGAUUUUGUAAAUACAUGUUUGAACAAAGAUGAGAGAGAACGUCCCAAGUACGGCCCAUUGCUGGAAAUGCCUUUUAUAUUGCGUGGCCAGCGCAGUCACACUGAUGUUGCUGUCUAUGUAACGGACAUUUUGGAGAAGAUGGUCAAAGAUGGUAUAACCGAAUUCACAACAAAUCAACCGGCUGAAAGUUAAUGGGCAUUCCCGCUUAAAUAGUAAACGCCAUUUGCCGUUUUAGCAAUGCAGAGCAGUGGAAGUGUGAAAUUUUGAUAGGCGAGUAGCGAUAGUAGCAGAAUGGUAUGCAAAUUGUGUGUGCGUGAUUAAUUGUUGCAACAGUUCCGGUUAGCUGUUGAGUUGCUAAAACAAAAUUAAAAGAUAUACAAUAAUCAAAAAAAAAAAACAAAAAAGUGCGAAAAUUCGAAACAAAAAGGUGAAAACAAAAAAAAAAAAAAAAAUAAAACAUAUUAUUUAGUGGAAAGUCAAACAUAAAAUAAUAGCGAUAAGCAAAAAACUUAGCGGUUUGCAUAAAUGUUAGUCAUAAAUAUUUUGUUGAUUAGAAUAGUAAGCAGAACGCGUUUAUUUUUUUAGCAAAACAAAAAUAAUAUUUUUGUAUGCAAUUAAGUUCAUAUUAGCACUUUUGCAUUGUUAUUGUCUUACGUUUGCUGUUCACACUUGUGUUGUAAAUGUAACGCUUUUCUAUAGUCAACAUAUUUUGCGCCUUCGAUUUGACAAAUACAAAUAAAAAAAAUUAUUAAUAAUAAUAAAUUAAAUUAAACAAAAAACUAUAAAAAAGCUAAAAGUAUUUCCAACAAAUACUUAAAUUGCAUUUUAUAUAAAAAUAUUAAUAAUCAUAUACACUAAAUAUAAAACAUAAAAAUCCAAAAAAACAACACUUACAUACAUACCCACACGCAAGCAACAAAGUAUUUUAAAUAUAAUAAAAUAAUUGUUUAAUAAUUUGGGUAGAACUCAUAAAAAAUAUUAAGAAAGCAAAACUAAAAAACAAAAUCACUGAAUAUUGUAAAAGCAAAUAACAAAUUUAACAAUUAAGUAGUAUAGCGAUAAUGAAAUGUGAGAUGUGAAAAAUGUGAAGUGCAUUGGAAGCAUACAUACAUAUAUACAUACAUAAUUAUAAAAUUACAAAAAAAAAAAAAAACAAAAAAAUAAAUAAAAUUCUACUUUAAAGUGAAAAUAUGCCGUAAAAAUUACAUAACUAAUUUAAGCCAGUGUGAAAUGUUCAAUCAUAAGCAAUAAUUGCGCGCUAUUUUUUUAAGGGCAUGCAUAAAUAUAAGAUAACGUAGAUAACCCAACAAAGCAGCAGCAAAUCAGCCAUAUAAUUACAUACUACAAGCCAAUUUAGAAACACACAGCACGUAAUAUUUCUUUUAACAUGCAAAAACAAAAAAAAAACAAAAGAAAAUCGCAAAUAGUAAAUAUAAGUUAUAGAUUUCACAUAAAAAAUAAGUUAACCUAAAAAAUUUAGUUAAAAUUAGUAGUGGCUUGAGAAUAUACAUACCAAUAAAGAUACAUACAUACAUA